CUCACGGUGGUUAUCAGCAGCCUUAUGCGGCCUAUCCCCAGCAGCCAGCAGCUCCUAUACCGAGGGCCCCUGCAUUUCCCGGGAUGCCAGGUUUCCCGUCUGUGGAUCAAUCAUAUCAAUCACCUCCCCCCCAGUUGUUUGUCAGUUGUGUUUUUCUCCAGGUCACUCAGCCCUUCACUGUUCUCGUUUCACUGCAUCGCCCACCCCGGCUCUUGCUGCAUUACCCACUGGUGAAAACAAUGAUUCGGUCUGGUAUCCUGACUCUGGCGCUUCCGCUCAUAUGACUCCUCACGACGGUAUUCUCUCUUAUAAAACUCCUUACACUGGCCCGAAUCAAGUUUGUGUUGCUAAUGGUACUAAAUUACCUAUUUCCAAUAUUGGUCAUUUAAAGCUUGUCACACGUGGUCGCCCGUUAAAUCUCAACUCUGUUUAUCAUGUCCCACAUAUUAAAUAUAAUUUAUUGUCUAUUCAAAAGUUAUGUGCGGAU